AUGUAUUCAGGCGAUUCCAAAGGAACCGUCCAGGGAGGAGGAUUCGGCGAGCGCUCUGUCCCGGGAACCACGGGGACGUUGAGCCCGAGCGUGGUCAACCAACUCUUGAUGGAAUUUCUGAUGUACUUCGGGAGAGCGCUAUUGGUCUUUUAUCCUGUGUAUUUGACAGGGUACCUCGGACUCAGCGUCAUCUGGAUCCUCUUGGGUAUGAUGCUGAUCAUUUGGUGGAAGAAAAACCGCAAGUGGAAAGAUAUCCGAAUUGGAACGGCUAUGAACUUUAUGGAUAACGAAACACAAGUGAUCCACAACGAGUUGAAAACCUUGAAUAUGGCAACUUGGGUACACUUUCCCGAACUUGAGAAGGUUGACUGGCUCAACAAGAUUUUGCUGCAGGCGUGGCCGUUCUUUGGCAUGUUCAUGGAGAAGCUCCUCAAAGAGAAGAUCCAGCCAUCCAUCAGAUUGUCCAGCCCAUACCUCAAAACAUUCACCUUCACAAAAGUCCACUUUGGUCAUACACCCCUCCGAAUCACUGGACUUAAAGUGUACACCCAUGAAGUGGACAAGAGGCAGGUGGUUAUGGACCUGCACAUAAGUUACGAUGGGGAUGUGGACAUCGACACAGAGGUGAAGCCGCCCAUCACUGCUGGGGUCAAAAGUAUUCGGCUUCAAGGCAUGUUGCGUGUCAUUCUGGAACCUCUGAUUGGAAAUGCCCCGUUGGUGGGAGGAGUCACUAUGUUCUUCAUUCGUCGGCCGACCCUACAAAUCAACUGGACAGGGUUGACCAACCUCCUAGACACUCCAGGUCUAAGUAACCUGUCUGAGCCAGCCAUCAUGGACAUCAUCGCUUCCCUUAUGGUCCUGCCCAACCGCAUGUGUAUCCCCCUCAUAGACCAGGUCAAAGUGGACCAGAUGAGGUUCCCCCUGCCUCGUGGAGUUGUGAGGGUACACUUGCUGGAGGCCCGGGAUCUGAUAGCGAAGGACACUUAUAUGAUGGGAAUGGUGAAGGGUAAGUCUGACCCCUACGCGGUGCUUAGGGUCGGCAAUAUCCACUUCAAAAGCAAGACCAUCCAGGAGAACCUGCACCCACGCUGGAACGAGGUUUAUGAGUUUGUGGUACAUGAGGCCCCUGGGCAGGAGUUAGAGGUGGAUGUGUUUGAUGAGGACACUGACAAGGAUGACCCCCUGGGAAAGUUUCGCCUGGACUUUGGAGAGGUAAAGAAGGAAAAAGAGAUGGAUAAGUGGUUCCCCCUGGUUGAUGUGACGAGUGGAGAGGUUCACCUCAAACUGCAGUGGCUCUCUCUACAAACUGACCCGGGACUCCUAGCGGAGACAUCUGAUGGCUGUGCUUGUGCUAUGCUUGCUGUGUACCUAGACAAUGCCUCAAAUCUACCAAAAGACCACAGUGAGUUCAGCCACUUUAAAAAGGAUGGGAAGCACGCCAAAGAUGCCAGGAUCACAAGGAGACCCAACAAUCCAAACUCUUAUGUGGAGUUCUCCAUUGAUGAACAGAAUCAGAAAAGCAAGGUGGUGUUUGCAUCCAAAGACCCUGUGUGGGAGGAGUGCUUUACCUUCUUUGUGCACAGCAUAACAAACCAGCGACUGAAUAUUCAGGUCAAAGAGCACGAUAAGAAGACGUUACUAGGCACACUCAAUGUGCCCCUCAGCCGGCUCCUCAACACAUCAGAUAUGACCUUGGAUCAGCGCUUCCUGCUGGAGCGCUCUGGGGCCAACAGCCAGAUCAAGAUGAAGGCCACUCUUAGGAUCCUGACCCUGGAGAAACCAGAACCAAAAGUCAUUCUCAAUCCUCCACCUCAUCCUCAGCCCCAGCCCUUACAAAACCCACCCACCACAUCUCCUACUCCCUCCCCGUCCACCUCCUCUUACGCCACCCCUACUGCUGCAGCUCUGGACAGUUCCACCAAUGGGUUCCAUGGAGAUUACGUGCGCGACCGCCACGGGUCUUUACUGGCCGCCGACGGCCGGAAGACAGUCCCUUCCACCCCAGCACACAUUCGGCGCUUCGACUCCCAAAGCCUCCUGUCAGACAACUCCAUCGCCUCAUCCCGUUUUGACCUGACUGAAGGAGCCCCCUAUCCUGACUACAUCAUGAACCACCAGGGGACCUUUGGGGAGAUACAGCUGACAGUGCGCUAUGUCACCCUGAGGAGCCAUCUCAUCAUCCUGGUCAACUCCUGCAGGAAACUGUUUGCCUGCAGCAAGGACGGCUCAGAUGCUUACGUCCGCCUUUACCUCCUUCCCGACCAGUCCUGGAAGCAUCGCAUGAGAACACAGGUGAAGAAGAAGACGGUGACUCCUGUCUUCAAUGAGAAGUUUGAGUUUGACAUGUCCCUAGAGGAAGCGGGGACUAGGAAGCUGGACGUGGCGGUCAAAAACAACCGGAUGUUCCACACACGGGAGAGGAAGGAAAUUGGAAUGGUACAAAUAGAUCUUUCUCAGAUGGACCUGGUAAAAGGUUUCACAGAAUGGUAUGAACUCACUCUACCCAGACUGAAGAAAACCGCCUAGAGGGAAGACCUUUACUCCUCAGCCACAUCAAUGGGUGCAGCGUGUGUGUAGUUCUCAAUGAAAAGAUAACUCAGUAUCAACUUCUAUGCUCAUUCCUCUCAGGGUCUGAAUUGUGCUGUGAUUCACACCAAAGGUCAAAGGCACAAUUCAUUUGCUAUUAAAAUAGUUACUUUUACUUA